UACUUUAGUGCAGUGUCUUCUAUCCACAAACAUGUUGCCUUUUAGAUACGUGGCUGUGUUUGCUCUGUUAGCUGUAAGUUGGGCUCAAGAUUUUGAUUAUGAUCUUCCACCUAGACCAGCACCACAUCGUGUAAAACCCAGUUAUUCCGGACCUGCAGCAUCAGCUCCUAGACCCACACCGGUACCAAUAUUGAAACAGAUUAACAGACACAAUGAAGAUGGUUCAUACACCUACGGCUACGAAGGCGCUGAUGGUGCCUUCAAAAUCGAAACCAAACUGCCCACCGGAGAAGUCAAGGGCAAAUACGGUUACGUGGAUGACACCGGCAAAGUUCGAGUAGUAGAAUACGGUGCGACCAAAUACGGCUUCGAACCAGCUGGUGAAGGCAUCACCGUAGCUCCCCCAACCCUCGUCGACGAAACCACCAACAAAGAUGGCACACUCAACCCUGAAUACGCCGGAGCUUACUACGACGACAACUACCAACAACCAGCUCCUGCUCCAAUCAGACACGCCCCCGCCCCAAGACCCCGUCCCCAACCCCAACAAGAACCCGUGUUCGAAUUUUCGGGUCCUCAACAAUUCAGCCCAGCUCCUCAAAGAAGCGCCGCUCCUGUACCCAGUCGCGCUUUCGUCCCCGGGGGCUCUCCUUCCGGUGUAACCACUCACAAUUUCGAGUUUGGACCUUCUCCAUCGGCCGCUCCCUCUCACGCCCCCAGACCAUCUGCCAGGAGCUACGCUCCAGCUCCCAGACCUGUUCACAGACCACCUCCACCUUCUUUUGCCAGACCAGCUCCCAUUGAAGAGGAAUUUGGAGAACCUGAACCCGCUCCUGUUAGGAAUCCUCCAAGGAUCACGUACGCUCAGCCUGCUCCUUUGUCUGCUCCUUCAAGGAAUCACAUUGAGCCUCAGUUUGCUCCAGCUGCAAGACCUGCUCCACAGUAUGCUCCCAGGCCACAGCCCCAAGCGGCAACUGCAGGUCGCAGCGGGGGAAUCCUAGACCAGCUGUCCAAAGACUAUGCCCUUCCCAAUGGAGGAGCGGCCCCUUUACACGAUAUUAGUUUCGGAUAUUAUUAAAUCUGAAAUUUUUUAAUUAGUUAUUUUUAAUAGUACGUCAUAUGGUCCAAAAUUUAGAUUUUGAUUUUUGGUUUUGUGUAAAUAUUUUGUUUUUGUUUAGUUUUUAAAUUGUAACAGUGCUGUCAAAGACGAUAUGAUGUAUUAUUACGUGUUUUGUGUAUUUUAAAGAUUAUCAGUAUCAACUGUUCGGGUCAAGCUAGUCCUGUAGCUGAAAACGUUCAAUCAGGAAAAUUCAGUUGAUAUUCAACUGUAUCGUCUAGUAGUGGACGAUGAUUUGUCUCCUAAGUUAAAUAAUUUGUAGUGUAUGUGACUGAAUCUUAUCAAAUUGUACAAUGUGAAACUUUUAUUCAAUUUUCUUUCACCCAGUUAAUAUCAAAAUGUCAAUUCUAAUUACUUGCGUUGCUCAACCUGUUAACACUGCAUAUUGUUUUUAUUCGUAACGUACCUGUGACGUUAAAAUUGGUAAAUCACAAUAAAAUGUAAUUUUUUUCGAAUAAA